AGGGGCUGGCACUGCAGCAGGGGAAGCACUAGACAGUGGACAGCUCCAGGUGCUGAAUCCAGCCCAGUCUAUCCUCCAUUCAAGCCAUCAGGGUCCAGCACUGAAGACCAAGCCAUGAUCACCGGAGGCUCCUGGAGAUGCUUCCUCCUCUCCUUCUUUUUUCUCAGUGGGUCCGCACAGAAUUUUGCACAAACGAGGUUUAUAUGCACUUCAGUGCCUGUGGACAUGGAUAUGUGCACUUCGUCAAUGCAGAACAGUGGUCCCACAGAAGACCUGAAGACCACCAUACUCCAGCUGAGGGAGACGGUCAUCCAGCAGAAAGAGACUAUCAUGAAUCAGAAGGACACCAUCAGGGACUUGACAGGCAAACUGGCCAGGUGCGAGGGGCAAAGCAUCCUGGAGACCCCCCCUGGUGAAGCCAAAGUCGGAGCCCCAGGAUCCAGGAAAAAAGAGACAGGGACCAGCAAAAACACAAUGGGAGAUCUGUCCAGGACCCCCACGGCAGAGACCCUCACGCAGCUGGGGCAGACUCUGCAAAGUCUAAAGACCAGGCUGGAAAAUUUGGAGUACAGCAGAGGGAACGCCUCCACCCAGGCCAGCACCCUGAAGGACCUGCUGCAGACCAAGAUCGACGACCUGGAGAAACAAGUCCUGUCCAGGGUCAACAACCUGGAAGAGGGGAAGGUCACCCUGAAGAACGAGACCGAGCUGAGGGGCAAGAUCGAGAGCGCCCUGACCUCCCUGCAGCAGAGGAUCACCGACCUGGAGAAGGGCCAGAAGGAGAAUAAACCUGCGGAUAAGUUCCAGCUGAUCUUCCCCCUGAGGACGAAUUACAUGUACGCCAAGGUGAAGAAGAGUCUCCCGGAGAUGUACGCCUUCACCGUCUCCAUGUGGCUGAAGUCCAACGCCUCCCCGGGGGUGGGCACCCCCUUCUCUUAUGCUGUGCCCGGCCAAGCCAAUGAACUGGUGCUCAUCGAGUGGGGCAACAACCCAAUGGAGAUCCUCAUCAAUGACAAGGUGGCAAAACUGCCGUUUGUGAUUAAUGACGGUAAAUGGCAUCACAUCUGUAUCACCUGGACCACCAGGGACGGUGUCUGGGAAGCCUAUCAGGACGGAGUAUUACGGGGGAACGGAGAGAACCUGGCCCCUUAUCACCCCAUCAAACACCAGGGGGUGCUGGUGAUCGGGCAGGAACAGGACACCCUUGGGGGCGGCUUCGAUGCCACGCAGGCCUUCGUUGGGGAAUUGGCCCAUUUCAAUAUGUGGGACAGAAAACUAAGCGUAGGAGAAGUCUACAACCUGGCAACGUGCAGCAACAAAGCGCUGAGCGGUAACGUCAUCAGCUGGGCGGAGACCAACAUCGAGGUGUUCGGUGGUGCCACCAAGUGGACAUUCGAUGCAUGUCGUCAGAUCAACUGAAAGGAUUUGGCCAUCUUGGAUUUCAUUUCUUAGCUUCUCCGAGACUUCAUCAGCGUCGCCUGCACUCGCCUUCAUGGCGACUCAUAAGCCACAAGGGGUUGGGGGGGGGGGGGGUUGUCAUUUAUUUUUUUGUAUUUCGGGAAAGAAAAAAGCAAAAAAAAAAAAAAAAAAAAAAAAAAAAACCGGUUUGAACCUUCACGUAGCCAUCGAUCAUGCAUUCUAGAAUGAACCUUCAGAUAUUUGUAGGAAAAGGCACAAGGAGAUUUUGGAUUAUUUUGGUUUCUUGUUUUCGGGAGAUCCCCAGAAGGUUUUUUUCUUUUUUUACAUUGCCAACUGGGUUUAACCCCUGAAAUGCUGGAGAGGUCUGCAGCGUGCUGGGCCCUGAGUUUCUCCAGCAGGAAGGGGGUUAAUUUUGAGUGCCUUGCGCUGGUUCGGAUAUUCAGCACAUCCUGGUUUUUUGGACUCUUCUCAGUGUUUGUUAUGCGGUUUGCUCGGAGCUGCGCCGACCGUUCCUCGCUGUCAUCUUCAUCCUCUUCCUUAUUUUUGACGGCUGUCUCUGAAAAGCUUUGCGCAGUCGGGGAUUGGGGACCGACUAUCUCCAGCAGAUCCUAUGAGCAUGCAGACAAUACAGCGCCCCCGGUGGAGGAGGCUCCCGCACACUGUAGCAUUUCUUUAUGGAAUGAUUUGUUGUAAAUAUUUUAUUUCUCAGCCGCUGACGUUUCGCUUGUUCUUCUGUUCCGGCCUCAUGUUUGCAUGACUGAUGUCUUGCCCCCAUGACUGAUGUCCUGCCCCCAUGACUGAUGUCCUGUUCCCUACGACUGAUGUCCUGUCCCCUACGACUGAUGUCCUGUCCCCUACGACUGAUGUCCUGCCCUCUAUUACUGAUGUCCUGUUCCCUAUGACCGAUGUCCUGCCUCCUUUAUGACUGAUGUCCUGCCCCCAUGACUAAUGUCCUGCCCCCUAUGACUGAUGUCCUGUAUCCUAUGACCGAUGUCCUAUCCCUUUAUGACUGAUGUCCUGCCCCCUAUGACUGAUGUCCUCCUCCUAUGACUGAUGUCCUGCCCCUUAUGACUGAUGUCAUGUCCCCUACGACUGAUGUCCUGUCCCCUACGACUGAUGUCCUGCCCCCUAUGACUGAUGUCCUGCCCUCUAUGACCGAUGUCCUGCCCUCUAUGACUGAUGUCCUGUAUCCUAUGACUGAUGUCCUGCCCCAUGACUGAUGUCCUGCCCCCUUAUGAACCAUGUCCUUCCCCUUAUGACUGAUGUCCUGCCCCCAUGACUGAUGUCCUGUCCCCUACGACUGAUGUCCUGCCCCCUAUGACUGAUGUCCUGCCCUCUAUGACUGAUGUUCUGCAUCCUAUGACCGAUGUCCUGCCUUCUAUGACUGAUGUCCUAUCCCUUUAUGACUGAUGUCCUGCCCCCUAUGACUGAUGUCCUGCCUCCUAUGACUGAUGUCCUGCCCCCUUAUGACUGAUGUCAUGUCCCCUACGACCGAUGUCCUGUCCCCUACGACUGAUGUCCUGCCCCCUAUGACUGAUGUCCUGCCCUCUAUGACCAAUGUCCUGUAUCCUAUGACUGAUGUCCUGCCCCCUAUGACUGAUGUCCUGUCCCCU